GGGGUGGGGGGUGCGGGGAGGAAGGGAGGAGGUUGUGGCGUGAUGGGGCGAUGCCCGCUUACUACACAGGAUUCGUUUGACGCACGACCCACACGCUGUUUUAGGCGCGUCGAGAGGCGGAGAAAAAAAAUCGACAGCUCUUCGAUGAGAAUCCUGGUGUGCUCGACAUUCCCCUGCGAGAAGGCGAGGCCCUCCAUGCUGCCACCCAGGUGGUGGCCGCUGACAUGCACGGUCGAGGCUCGUUCAUCGAUUUCUACGACCCGGCGGAGGAAGGUGCCAAGGAGGAGGGGAGGGGAGUGGCGAAGAAGAUGAGCAAGCGGGGGCAGGGUGGGGUGCCGG